AUGCCACUGAAACGACCAGAAAAGUCGGUAACCGUGAAGACCCCACUUCCUCCAACAUCCCAGAUUCUGGGUCUUGGUGACCUUGCAAAAGCUCCCCAUGAAGUGCCAUCCGGGUGCUGCAAUAAGUGGAUUAAAGAGACUUGCAACAAAGAAAACAAAGACCUACUGAAGCACUACACUCCUAUGACAAGGUGUCCUUCCUCUCCAGCAGCGUAUGCUGUGCCUGACUGGUAUGCACACUGCUCCAAUCCCCCAGCGACCGAUGAGCCACGGAGUUCCGUUUCCUUUCUACCAGAUUAUAUGAUUCACAGAGAGUUUAAGGCUGAUGGUAACAGUUAUGAGCUGAGAAGAGGGCCUUUUGAUUUUGAUAUGAAAAGUGUUUGGCAGCGGGAUACUGAGGACAAAGAAAACGCAGAGAGAAAGAAUGUAAAGCUCCCAGCUAUAAACCCUAAAUAUCCAAACAGAAUGCCGAAUAUUGCUACAAACAAGGAAUUUAGUGGGAAAAAUAAGCUUUCCUUCCCACCUAGGUCUGCUCAGAGAAAAAGCGAAGCAGUAAACUUUAGCAGAUUAAACUUCAGCAGCGGUUAUGGGACUGACUGGUUUCAGCAGCGUACUGCAUGGGAAAAAAAGAGUCAAGAAACAUCAGAAAAUAGGGAGCAGUCCAAAGAUUCAGACCCAUAACAGUGAUCAGCACCUGCAAACAACGAGUCAAAGACACCAUUUCGGGGAUAUUUCUUGCUAAUUGAUGGAAAAGGAUAA